GUUAGAACACGUGACUGUCUAUCUCUAAAAUAAACACAGAGAGCACCAUUGCAUGAUAAAGUUUAACAAUGUCGUUACGAGGUGCUUUUAAGCUUAUUCACCGCUCUAAUUUUGGAAUAAUGUACUCAGUUUCCCAAGCUAGCCGAGUUUGUGUGAAAAUAGCAGCUCCUCACACACGACACAGAAGUUCAGAGGACAUCAGUCGCUAUCCAGUGCCAAACAAGAAGAACCUGCCAUUUGACAUUGUGGAACUGAUGGAGGAGGUUGAACAGAAGGGAGGGUUUUUGCCUAAUGUCUUCAAAGUUCUUGCCCAUCGUCCUGAUGAAUUUCGGGCAUUCUUCUCUUAUUAUAAUGCCCUCAUGAACAAGGAAAGUGGUGGUCUGUCUAAAGCAGAUCGGGAACUGAUCGUUGUUGCGACCAGUGCUCACAAUCAUUGCUUGUAUUGUGUGGUAUCCCACAGUGCAUUGCACCGCAUCUAUUCCAAAAAACCCUUGCUGGCUGAUCAGGUUGCAGUUAAUUAUGGGGUUGCAGAUCUGACCGCCCGUGAGAAAGCCAUGCUGGACUUUGCUCUGACCGUCUGCAGGAGUGAAACAAUAACUGAAGAACAUUUCAGCACCCUGGAGGCUCAUGGUUUUGACCGAGAGGAUAUUUGGGACAUUUCUGCCAUUGCCGCCUUCUUCGCCCUGUCCAACCGCAUGGCCCAUCUGACUGACAUGAGACCUAACACAGAGUUUUACAACAUGGGUAGAGUGCCCAGAGACCAAGCAAAAGCCUCUGAUGGGCAGGUCAAGGGUGAAUAGACUCAUAUUAGACUUUGGAUCAAAGGUAUAAUAUAACACUAAAAAAACCUCUCAAAUAAUCAUUAAGCUGGUUGUUAAAAUCGGGAAAGAAAACAAGUUUCACCCUAAAUCUCACCCUAAGUGGCUUCUCUAACACUUUCACUGCUGUUUGCACGUGUAGAUUUUGAGUUUUAAUAGUUACAUUUGUUUCAGUGUUCGUCCUCAAAAUUAUAUCAAAACUUAAUGUAAAUAAAAAAUGCCACAGUUUAUAUCUCACAUUGCAGACUUUAUUUCACACAAUUGAUAUAAACUCACAGUUUUGAGUAAAAUGGGCUGAAUUGCGAGAUUUCCAUUUAAUUUUUUUAUUCGGUGGCGGAGACUAGCUUCUAUACUGUACAAUAAAGAAGUCCUUGUUUAUUUAAAUUGUUUAGACCUUGGUCGAUUACCGGUAUAUAUUAAAAGGAGAGAGAAGAUCUGAAUAUCCACAAAACGGAAUGUGGAUUAAUGGAAUGAAUUAACAUGAAUAUAUUUCUUAUACAGUCAGAUAAUCAUCUCAUUUAUAAUGUUUAUAAAUCACUGCCUUUAUUAUCUGGGUUACUCUUUAUUUUGAUAGUCCACUUAGUAACUUUGCAACUACAUGUCAACUAACUCUUAUUAGAGUAAUAGUAGACUGCUGUAGAUUUAGGUAUAUGUAAGGUGGGAGGAGUUGGAUCUGGAUCCGACUCCUCCCCAUGGAUUUCAUGUUCUGCAGUGAGGACCAUCUCGAAACAUUUGUGGCAGGACAAUGCAAACAAAUUUUAAUAUAAAAUGUGAAUCCUGUUCCAUGCGAGUCUUUUCUGAAGCAAAUUUUAGAAGUUAAUAAAUAAUCCCUAAUAAUGCUACUACCAUUUGCUUGAGUGACACCAACUUGGAUAUUUGUCUUUUCUCUAAAGUACACACUGAACUCUGUUUGAUAGGCUUUUAACUCACAGUCUGUACCCUCACAUGAUUGUUGGUUUGUUGACAUUUAAAGAAAUUUAAACUAACAGUUUUCUUUGUCUAUGUACAUGUUAAAAUACAAUUUAAAAAAAGAAUCA